GAGAUGUACUCAACCUCAAAAUCUCCUUCUUCCUCUUGCAAGACGUUGCCAAUUAGAUUAGAUGAUAGCAUUCUGGAUGAAUGUAUUGAACAAAUAUCACAAGAGUGUUUUGAAGAAUGGCAUAAAUUGAGUGAACUGCAUAGGUGCAUACCACAAUGCAAACAAGACAAGGAAUUGGAUAAAUCAUAUAAAGAAAAGAGUAAUUCAUUUAUCGAUUAUGCUAAUGGGGGAGGGAUAGUAGCAAAAUUUAAGUUGGAAGUGUUUUUUCCAGAUGCAAAGGAAACGGAUAUACGUUCUCAAGUAAUAAGUGAAAUAAUGGUCAAAAAACGGCUUUAUGACAAUGUCCAACAAUAUAAACAAACCUUACCACGAUUGCGUGAAGAAGUGCAAGAGGCAAAGGAACAGCUGAAAAGUAGUGUAUUGAUUAGAGAGCAGAAAAACCUGACAGAGAAUGAAUCGAUAAAUGUAGUGUUGAGGGGCAAACUUGACAGUUUAAAGCGGCAGUAUGAGACUCCUGUUGAAGCAGAGAAUGCCGAAUUGAGAAAACUAAGAAAUCAGCUAAAAAUAGCAAAAGACAAUAUGACUACUUUGAUGAAAGAAUUGAUUGUGUUUGUGGAUAAGCAUUUUCCUCCUACUAUACUUAUGCAAGAUGACAGUGAUUCUGAAAAUGAAGGUCGAGUUGUUACUUCAUCACUAAAAGAAUUGCUUGAGGACCUUAUGAACCAAUCAUUCUCAAACCCUGACCCAUAUGUCCAAAUCAAUUCUAAACAAGUCUGGUUACCAUAUGUUGAGUUACUUAUUCGAGCUGGUAUUGCAAUACAACAUCCAAAAGAUGCUUACAAAAUUAAGCUUAUUGAGUUUCAUUUAUAA